UUUUUAUUUUGUGAUCCACGCAAAGAUACCGCCCCUUGUAGCUGUCAAUGUGUUCGUCUACCGGUUAGCUACCUAGCUGAUUAAAUUGGUAAUUUAGGUAAUUUAGGCGUAGUGAAAUACGUACUGUAUCACAGAUCAACAAGCUGGCUUGCUAGCCAUGUUAUGGAUUCGACGGUAAAGCAAGUGAAUGAGUUCUGCAAACGGAAGAAACAGAAAAACGAAAGCUUCAGCUGGUCCCAUUACGUGUGACGUUCCCGAUCAGGUGUCACAACACAACUGGAAUUUGUACUACUGCUUCCUGAAUCCACUGUUACUUGCCGUGUUCGUGUUGUGCCGAGGUUUCACCUUAUAUUUGAGAAUUCUGUUAGCUUGGGUGCGUGAGCAGCUUUUCCGAGUCAUGGCGGCCAAAGUCAAAAGAGCCGCGGACUCGGCCGAUAAAGAUUACGACGACAACGGCGAGCGCAUCAGGAACCAUCACAAACAGGCAUUCGAGUACAUAUCAGUGGCCUUUAGGAUUGACGAAGAUGACAAAGGCCACAAGGAGAAGGCAGUCCAGUGGUACCAGAAGGGCAUUGCAGAGCUGGAGAAGGGCAUUGCCAUUCCAAUCACAGGACAAGGAGAGCAGCAAGAAAGGGCCAAACGGCUCCAGGCCAAGAUGGCCACCAACCUGAAGAUGGCCACAGAUCGGCUGCAGCUGUUGGCUAAGCUGUCGGGUUCGGGUCUGGGAGACGGCAGUGUGGAAAACCUGCCCCCCAGCGCUGUCCUGCCUCCAGACAACAGAACAACGGUUCCCAAAAAGAAGGAUCCUCAGCCUCCUUCGAGCCACGCUCCUCCUCGGCCUAAGACCGUACCCAAGACCUUCCCGAGCGGCCUGCCUGGACACCCCCGCCCCGCACACAGGGGCUCACCGGGCUCCAACCCUGCCAGGCCGGCCUCCCAGGACCCCGGCGGUGGAAAGGUUUCCGCUAAAGCCGGCAACGGACGGAACGGCAGACCCGCUGCCACCGCCGGCGCCAGGGUCCGGGACAUGAAGAACUUCAAGAACGUGGACAGCAAGCUGGCCAGCCUCAUCCUGAACGAGAUCGUGGACAGCGGGGCCAUGGUGCGCUUCGAGGACGUUGCGGGACAGGACCUGGCCAAACAGGCCCUGCAGGAGAUUGUCAUCCUGCCCGCCCUCAGACCUGAGCUGUUCACCGGCCUCAGGGCUCCGGCACGCGGCCUGCUCCUCUUCGGUCCCCCCGGGAACGGGAAGACCAUGCUGGCCAAAGCUGUGGCCAUGGAAUCCAAUGCUACAUUUUUUAACAUCAGCGCUGCCACCUUGACCUCUAAGUAUGUGGGUGAGGGGGAGAAGCUGGUGCGGGCCUUGUUCUCUGUGGCCAGAGAGCUGCAGCCCUCUGUAAUCUUCAUAGACGAAGUCGACAGUCUUCUCUGUGAGAGGAGGGAGGGGGAGCAUGACUCCACGAGGAGGCUGAAAACAGAAUUCCUGGUGGAGUUUGAUGGGGUGCAGUCAGGAGGAGACGACAGGGUGCUGGUGAUGGGCGCCACCAACAGGCCGCAGGAGCUGGACGAAGCCGUGCUCAGGCGAUUCGCAAAAAGGGUGUACGUGACUCUGCCGUCGGAAGAGACCCGCUUCAGUCUGCUGAAGAACCUCCUGGGGAAGCACGGGAAUCCUCUGAGCCAGAAGGAUCUGGCCCACCUGGCCAAACUGACAGAGGGGUAUUCGGGAAGCGACCUGACUUCAUUGGCUAAAGACGCCGCUCUGGGGCCAAUCAGAGAGCUCCGACCAGAACAAGUAAAGAACAUGGCAGCCAAUGAGGUACGGAACAUAAAGCUCUCAGACUUUGUGGAGUCUCUGAAGAAGAUCAAGCGUAGCGUGAGCCCACAGACUCUCGGCAUGUAUGCGCAAUGGAACAAACAGUACGGAGACACCACCGGCCUCUGAACACAGCGCCCCCUGUUGUCUUUGAGGUGAACGACAGGCCGGGAUUGGAUGGAAAAAAAGGAAGUUCUAUGAGAAGUCAAGGAUUCUCUUUUGUUUUAAUAGUGUGGCUUCCUUUAUGGAGAGGAAAUAGAGCGUACAGGGAAAUGUCAGCGCUGCUAGUCCUCUCAUGCGUCUGUUAUGGCUUCUCAUUGUGUGGCCUCAAAGACAGACAUAACGCACAGAUUAAUCUUAACCUGGUACGCUAAUCUAAGGAAUCUCACAUGUAUGGUCACACUGACUUAUCAUUACUUGACUUGAAACCCAAUGAAGAAAGAAGGGAAAGAUGUAAACGGAUUGCUGGGGAAAGUCUAUGCAGUACUGUAUGUGUGUGUAUAUAGUUUCGGACUUUGAUUAUAUUGAAUCACAUGACUUCAGCAGUUUCAUGCAGGGCCAUUGAAAGAGCUGUGCCUUAAGGGAAAGACAAAUUCUUUUUAUACAUCCUCUUUGCUAUAAUAAUUCUUAAUAUUUUUUUUAAAAAUCAAAUCAGGCCGUAUCUUUGAGGCGUAUUAGCAUUUUUUGGCAUUUGUUUUUGUUUAAUGUUAUACAUUUUUGUUAUAUUUAAAUAUGGCAAAUUGAUCUACACCUGGUACCUGUAAUGUCUUAUUUUUUUGGUACUUUGUGUUUCUGUGUUAAAGAUGAGCUAUUUAUUUCCCAAAAUUUCAAGAAAAUGUAACUUGUACCAAGUGGGUUGCUGUGUAUAUUUCUUUGUCCUAAUAAAUAAUAAUAAUAAAUUUAAAAAAGCAGAGCGAUAUCCCAUGGCCAAAUGAAAGUAAACUGAAUCUUUGUCGUCUGUGGAAUCUGUGACUGAACUCUGACCGCCUUUGUCAUUUGACCUUUGACCCGCGCAUCAUCAAGCUCUCAGAACCUCUCAACGGCUUCCAUGUGAUACAUAUCUCCGAGCUCUUAAGACUAAGGGCAAGGUCAGUUCUCACAGCUUACGUCAAUACGUUUGCUCCUAUGAUCAAUUAAAUUGCAUUCUUUUGUUAUAAA